GGGGGAGAUAAAUACUGGAACUUAAAUGGCUGAAAUGCUUCGGACAACACAAAGAGGAGCAGAAGAAGUAGUCAGAGUGAAACUAAAAACCAAGGAGGAGCUGAAGCCCUGAGAGCAGCACUCUGCUGUGAAUGAUCAGAAUUCAUCGUUUUGACAACAACGCCCCUUCUUCUCUCCUCAAUCAUUCCCACUCCGGCUUCCUAUCUCCUGCCCCAUCAAUCUUUGAGUGUUUGGAUGCGAAUAUGUCAGCUAAAGGGAUGAGAAUAUCAGUAAGUACAGAGGAGGAACUUGGCAGCAGUAUGGAGAGGAAAGAUGCCGCCGAUGACUUUGGAGAACCUGUGGUCCGUGGUGAGGAAGGUUUUUUGAGUUCAGUUUUGAAAUUGCACAUAUUCAUGGUUGGCAUUUGGGAAAUUGAUGAACUCGGAUGUUUGAUCAUUUGUUUAUUUACUCCAACAGAGGUAGAUGACAAGAAUAAGCGUGAGGAUGUGUAUCUACAAACAGUGUAUCUUAAAAAGUGCUUAACCACAGGGAAUGUAUGA